AUGGCUCCCUCCGCAAAAACGGCCGGCUGCGGCCCCAUAACGACGCCGCUGACGGAGCUGCUCGGGAUCCGGCACCCCAUCAUCCUAGCCGGCAUGGCGCGCACGUCGGGCGGGCUGCUCGCGGCGGCCGUGUCCAACGCCGGCGGGCUCGGCGUCAUCGGUGGCUUCAUGUACACGCCCGACCAGCUGCGCGACAUCAUCGCCGAGAUGAAGGCCCACUUCGCCCGCCCCGACCUGCCCUUCGGCAUCGACCUGGCCCUGCCCCAGGUCGGCGGCGGCGCCCGCGCCACCAACCACGACUACACGGCCGGCAAGCUCGACGAGCUGGUCGACAUCACCGUCGCCUCGGGCGCCAAGUUGUUUGUCUCUGCCGUCGGCGUGCCGUCGCAGGGCGUCGUCGACCGCCUGCACGCCGCCGGCAUCCUCGUCAUGAACAUGGUCGGCCACCCCAAGCACGCCGUCAAGGCCCUCGAGCGCGGCGUCGACCUGGUGUGCGCCCAGGGCGGCGAGGGCGGCGGCCACACGGGCGACAUCGCCAACAGCGUGCUGAUCCCCGCCGUUGUCGACGUCGCCCGCCGCUUCCGCCCGGCCAUGCUGGGCGGCGACCGCCCGGCGCUGGUCGUGGCCGCCGGCGGCAUCGCCAACGGCCGGGGGCUGGCCAGCUCGCUCAUGCAGGGCGCGGCGGGCGUGUGGGUCGGCACGCGGUUCGUGGCCAGCGCCGAGGCCGGGUGCAGCGACGCGCACAAGCAGGCCGUCGUCGGCUGCGGCUUCGACGGCACCGAGCGCACCCUCGUGCUCAGCGGCCGCCCGCUGCGCAUGCGCACCAACGACUACAUCCGCGCGUGGCACGCCCAGCCCCAGAAGAUCCAGGACCUGUGCGCCCGCGGCGUCGUGCCCCUCGAGCACGACCUCGACGAGGGCAACGAGAUCGACCCGCCCCACCUCAUGGGCCAGGUCGCCGGUGCUAUCGACAGGGUCCAGCCCGCUGGUGAGAUUGUCGACGACAUGGUCGCCGAGGCCGUCGAGAUGCUCAAGCUGGGCGGCACGUACCUCAGGUUGUCGAGCAGGCUGUGA